AUGUACAAAUGGAGAAACAGAAAUUGUCCACCCGCCGUGCACUCUCUGCAAUCUUAUACUCAAGAAGUAAACUCUGACAACUGGAAACAUUUAUUACAAUGUAAAAGGGGUACAAUGAACGUGUCUUUAGUAGUAGGUGAAGAUUCCUCAGAAUCUGUAAUUUUUAUGAAUCCUGAAUUUGUAAGAGAAACAUCAGUUAGAGGAUUUUUUUUUAUUGACUCAACUUUUAAGACUGUUCCGCAUGGAGUUGGAGCACAGCAAUUUCUGACAAUAGUAUCUUGCAAAUACAAUCAUGCUGUACCAUGUGUUUGGAUUCUUAUGGAUCGAAAGAGUAAAGAAGCAUACAAAGCCGUUUUUGAAGAAAUUUCAAGAUUAAUACCAGAAUUUAUCAUCGACGAAGCAAUGACUGACUACGAAAGUGCAUUAAAAGCAGCUUUGAGAGCAGUAUUUCCAAAUAUAAUUUUGCAUGGCUGUUGGUUUCACUAUAAACAAGCUCUACUAAGGAAAGCUAUCAAACUUGGAUUACGUGCGUUAUUAAAGUAUAAUGAAGAUGCCAAACAUUUAUUGUUACUUAUAAUGGAUUUACCUCUACUACCAGCAUGUUUUUAA